CUCCCGCACCAUCAUUGGCUGAGUUUAUGCCUGGCCAGGCCAAGUCGCACUGCGAUUGGCCUUGGCGGGUGCCGGUAACCUGCGCUAGCGGCUUUGGUUCCCCCUCACCAUAGAUGUCAAAGGCUGAAGCUGCUCCCUUUGCCACAUUAUAACUAGUAGAGGAUCUUCAUCGACCAUGGCCACAGCUGCCUCGAAUCCCUACAGCAUUCUCAGUUCCAGCUCCCUCGUCCAUGCGGACUCUGCCGGAAUGCAGCAGGGAAGUCCUUUCCGCAAUCCUCAGAAACUUCUCCAAAGUGACUACUUGCAGGGAGUUCCCAGCAAUGGGCAUCCCCUCGGGCAUCACUGGGUGACCAGUCUGAGCGACGGGGGCCCAUGGUCCUCCACAUUGGCCACCAGCCCCCUGGACCAGCCGGACGUGAAGCCAGGACGCGAAGAUCUGCAAUUGGGCUCAAUCAUCCAUCACCGCUCGCCACACGUAGCCCACCACUCGCCCCACACUAACCAUCCGAAUGCCUGGGGAGCAAGCCCAGCUCCAAACUCGUCCAUCACGUCUACCGGCCAACCUCUCAAUGUGUAUUCGCAGCCAGGCUUCACGGUGAGCGGUAUGCUGGAGCACGGGGGACUCACUCCACCACCAGCCGCUGCCUCCACGCAGAGCCUGCAUCCAGUGCUCCGGGAGCCUCCAGACCACGGUGAGCUGGGCUCGCACCACUGCCAGGACCACUCGGAUGAGGAGACUCCAACCUCUGAUGAGUUGGAACAGUUCGCCAAACAAUUCAAACAAAGAAGAAUCAAGUUGGGUUUCACACAAGCCGACGUGGGGCUGGCACUGGGCACCCUGUAUGGUAACGUGUUCUCGCAGACCACCAUCUGCAGGUUCGAGGCCUUGCAACUGAGCUUCAAGAAUAUGUGCAAGCUGAAACCCCUGCUAAAUAAGUGGCUGGAGGAGGCUGAUUCAUCCACAGGAAGCCCUACCAGCAUUGACAAGAUCGCCGCUCAGGGCCGCAAGCGCAAGAAGCGAACCUCCAUCGAGGUGAGUGUCAAGGGCGUACUGGAAACGCAUUUCCUCAAGUGUCCCAAGCCUGCAGCGCAGGAGAUCUCCUCGCUGGCUGACAGCCUCCAGUUGGAGAAAGAAGUGGUGCGUGUCUGGUUCUGUAAUAGAAGACAAAAAGAAAAAAGAAUGACUCCACCAGGGGAUCAGCAGCCACAUGAGGUUUAUUCGCACACAGUGAAAACUGACGCGUCCUGCCACGAUCUCUGACUGGAGAAAGCCCGGAGGUGGCCCACAGCACUGGGAGCAGUGCGAAUCAUUCUCACUCCCUUCCUUCCUUUCAUCGCUACAUUCUUUAUUAUUGCUCUCUCUCUAGCUUGCUAGCUCUUUCUUUCUUUCUUUCACAGGGGUUUCUAACUUAUGUUAAGAAAAGAAACACACACACACACACACACACACACACACACACACACACACACACACACAUUCAGGCUUCUCAACUCUGAAACAAAAUUAUAUUAAGCAGUCCAGGCGGGGACCUCAUAGUCCCUGCUGCCAGAGCAAUUUCCCUCCAACCUUUUCUGCUGAUCAAUACAUAUUGUUUACUCUGAGUAAGAUUUGUUUGGUUGCUCCUCUCUAAAAAGGGCAAGGAGCUGGGUAACAGGGGUGGGGGCGGGAGAGGGUGGGAAGACAGAUGUGUGCCUAUGAAUAACCUUUCAGCGCCUUGGUUAUAGCAGCUGUAUUUCAGGUGAAAUCUGUUUUACAAUAGACUAGUUUUGCAUUUUUUAAAACUUCUAUAGCGUUUCUAAAUGUCUGCGGUGUUUUACUACAAGCUGUACACAAUAUUUGUGAGAUAAUUUGUAUCUAAUCGACCACUACACAUUAUUAUUGCUAUUAUUAUUAUUUCUUCAUUGAGCUGAUGGGUUUUUAAUUGCUUAAAAAGGGAGGGAGGCUGGAAGGAGGAAAGAGAAAAAUGCUCACCUCUUGCACUCCCACACUUUCGAAUCUGCAUGGAGAGGAGAGGAUAAGAUGGAGAAAGUUGAUGUUUCUGUUUUGUUUUGUUUGUUUUUUUUUUUUUUUUUUUUUCUUUUCGGGGACUUAGUGCCUAUAUGGGCAGAACAAGCAAACUGAAAGGGUUUGCAAAGUAGCCUGAAGAAGAGAGGCUAUUUCGCUGCUUUUUGCCCCCUUUUUCCCCCGCAACCGUGGAGUCUCUGAAGGCUUCCACAGCUUAAAUCCCGGUGCCCCAGAAGGAUUCAGCAGUGGCGCGCGAAGAAUGGGGUUUGAGGGACCAGAAGGAUUCUGAAUUCACCAUCGUAAAUGCCUGUGCCUGAAGUUUCCCACAGGCUGCCAGCAUAGUCAGGUUGACAACCUGCCCUACACCAUGGUACACUCUCCCAGAUGAAAGACUUUGCCUUCACAAAUGGUGGCUGUCUCCGGAGACCACGACCCAAAGACGCUGGCGACAGAUUGGGCCAGUGCCUCCCAGUUCGCGGCUCGCUCUCAGGGUGAGAAACACUCUCGGUAGGGUGGUGAGGGGUGGGCUAACAGGCACCCUCUGCUUAGUGCGGAGCGACAAUAAACUGGUUGGCAAAAGUCUUGGAGAUUCUGGUCCAGCCGUGUACCACCUCCUCCCUCUUGUAUAUACCAAGGUCUGAGUGAGCUCUUGGGGAGCCCAUCUCAGCGUCUUUGACAAGCACAGCUGGUGGAAGCCCAUGGCGAAGACUGAGCGAGCUAGGGAUCGGAUCGCCUGGGCAGCUGAGUUAAUGCUUUUUUCUUAAAAAAAAAAUAAAAAAUAUGUGUGUAUGUAUUUCUUUGCGUGUGUGCGUGUGUGUGCAAACGUGUGUGUGUAGCUAGCUGUGUGUAUCGUAUUACUGUAUAAAAAAAAAAAACUUAAAAAAAAAUCUCGCUAGGCUAUGUAGAGAUCCCAAAAUUAAGCGGUUGCCGUGGCUUUAUGGCUAGCUUUUUCUCGUGUCCACAGGACAGGUUCACAGGUGCACCUCGUCCCCAACAAACACUCUGUGCUGGCCCAGCAAAGCGCCCAUGCCCAGCCAGCUAUGGCGGGCAUGACCUGAAGGGGAUCUCAGCACGCCAGGCUGAUCUCAGGAUUCAGCCUGCAGGCGAAGCUGUGGUAGACAAAGCUUCAAACUACCUAAGGACCAGAAAACCUUGUGCCCCUUGUAGAACUUGUGUCCCUUGUAGAAGAUGCGCUAGUAUGGGCUGCCAGGCCUCUGGUUGACCACACUGUGUCUCCUCUAGCCGCAGGUCGAAGAGCAUAUAUUAAUUCAAAUCCCCGACCCUUUUGCUAUUUUUUUUUUCUUUUUUCCUUUCCUUUCUUUUCUUUUCCUUUACUUCCCCUUUCUUUCUCCUUCU